UUUGAAAGAUUAUGGUUAAAUUGGCACUUAACGUCUGCUAUUGAUGUUAGGGAAGACUAAGAAGAUCAAUGGCACUAAAGAAUGUCGCGAAAAUGCUAUCCCGGUGGUUUUCCAGUGGCACUAUUAGGGAUGAUAAACUUCGAAAUCUUUGUGUACGGCUUGAGCAGGCUGCUGAGAAAGCAAAGCAACUCAACGAUGAAUGCGAUGCUAUCUUUGCCGUAAAAAGAGCAUUUCCUAUGGAUCGGCUGAUAUGGUUAGGGUUCAUCAUUAAUCUUGCACAUGAGAUAGGUGAGCAGGUUCUAACAAUCUCGACAACUAAAGAAGACAUCAAAUUUAAAGAAUCUCAAUUAUCAGCUCGUCGUUUGGAAAAGCAUAAGUUACAACUUUCAGCUUAGGAAAUGCUAUGUUAUAUUCAU